GCGGAAGGUGCCUUGUGCCUUAUACAUCUAGUUUAAAUGUCGACUUCGCUUGGGUAAUCUCAAGAUUUGGACCGCAUUGCAUUCACAAUGGCAGACAAGGAAGCAACUGUGUACAUUGUGGACGUUGGGAAGUCCAUGGGAGAAUGCCGCAAUGGUCGAUCAGUGAGUGAUCUUGAAUGGGCCAUGCAAUAUGUCUGGGAUCGCAUUACAGGAACAGUGGCCACUGGCCGAAAAACUGCCAUGAUGGGUGUAAUUGGGCUCAGGACAGAUGAAACGUCCAACGAACUUGAAGAUGACGCGCAUUUCUCUCACAUCUCAGUUCUAUCGAACAUCAAACAGUUUCUUAUGCCGGACAUUCGGAAACUGGAGGAUGAAAUGAAACCAAGCAAAACGGACAAGGGAGACGCUAUUUCCGCUAUUAUCUUGGCUAUUCAGAUGAUCAUCACGCAUUGCAAGAAGUUGAAGUAUAGGCGCAAGAUUGUUUUGGUCACCAACGGACAGGGGCGCAUGAGCGAUGAGGACCUGGACGAGAUAGUGAAAAAGGUCAAGGAGGAUAACAUCGAACUUGUCAUUAUGGGGAUUGAUUUCGAUGACCCUGAGUACGGUUACAAAGAAGAAGACAAAGACCCUCACAAGGCUGAGAAUGAAACUCUCUUGCGUACCCUCGUAGAAGAUUGCGAUGGAGUCUACGGAACAUUCGAGCAGGCUGUGGCUGAAUUGGACAUCCCCCGUGUCAAGUCUGUUAGGUCAAUGGCAAGCUUCAAAGGAUAUCUCCAACUAGGUAACCCGGAAGAGUAUGACUCUGCGCUCCGUAUUCCUGUUGAAAGGUACUAUCGGACUUAUCCGGCCAAACCCCCGACCGCAAGUUCUUUCGUCCUGCGCUCCGAGCCUGAAGAGGCAGAGUCAUCUGAGGCUGUUGCUGCCCAAAAAAGUAGCCAGUCUGCAGAUGCUGGACUCACAACGGUGAGAACCAUGAGAACAUAUCAAGUUGAGGACAAAAGUGCACCGGGUGGGAAAAUCGACGUCGAACGAGAUGACCUCGCCAAAGGAUAUGAGUACGGACGGACAGCAGUUCAUAUAAGCGAGACUGAUGAGAAUAUCACGAUUCUUGAAACAUUCGCAGGGCUGGAAUUGAUGGGCUUCAUCCAGACUGACCAGUAUGAACGUUAUAUGCACAUGUCCAGCACAAACAUCAUAAUUGCACAACGUGCCAACGACAAAGCUGCUCUUGCCAUUUCAUCCUUUAUACACGCACUUUUUGAGCUAGAUUGCUAUGCUGUUGCCCGUCUAGUUGUGAAAGAGAACAAGACACCGGUUAUAGUCUUGCUGGCGCCCUCGAUCGAGCCUGAUUAUGAAUGCCUGCUCGAAGUUCAGCUACCAUUCGCCGAAGAUGUCCGAACGUAUCGCUUCCCUCCUCUGGAUAAGGUGAUAACUGUUUCUGGAAAGGUUGUGACGCAACACCGAAAUCUUCCCAGUGAUGAUUUACUCGAUGUGAUGGGCAAGUACGUGAAUAGUAUGGAGCUUGUCGACACAGAUGAGGAUGGGAAUCCGGUGGAGACUUUCCCUAUCGACGACUCCUACUCGCCUGUCUUGCACCGGAUUGACAACGCCAUCCGUGCUCGAGCUAUACAUUCAGACCAGCCCAUACUCCCUCCAUCGGAGAGAUUAACCAAAUAUUCACACCCACCAGAGGAUCUCAUCCAGAAUUCGCAGAAACACCUAGAGAAAUUGAUCGAGAUAGCUGAUGUUAAGAAGGUUCCUCCCAAAGCAAAGGGUCGCAAGCGCACCCGCGAAACUGAAAAGCCGCUUUCUGGACUCGACGUCGAUGCCCUGCUUCAUCAUGAAAAGCGCGCUAAGAUCUCUCCCAACAAUGCCAUUCCCGAGUUCAAGCAAACUCUCGCACAAGCCGAGAAUAUCGAGGCCAUCAAAGACGCUACAAAGCAGAUGAUGGCCAUCAUUGAAGAUCAAAUCAAGCAUAGCUUCGGUGAUGCUAACUACGACCGGGUUGUUGAAGCGCUGGGAACGAUGCGUGAUGAGCUGGUGUCGUACGAAGAGCCUGUCUCGUACAAUGACUUCCUGGGCCAACUCAAAGAUAAGUUGUUGCAGGAGAAGCUUGGAGGAGACCGACAAGAGCUGUGGUGGCUUAUUCGACGAAGCAAGCUGGGACUUGUUACUCAGCGCGAGUCGGAUCAAUCUAGGGUUACCGAUGCGGAGGCCAAAGAAUUCUUGUCCGCAAAGUGAGUGUUGAGCCGGAGGUUCCAGAGUGAGCUGAACGGCAGCCGAUAUGACUAGUGAACGAUAUCAUUAU